UUAUUGCAUUACGGCUAAAUCAUAUUGAUUUUUUUUACUUGGAGCGGAAAGGGCAAAGUUCUUGGGCUGCUCCUCUGAUUUCGGAACACUCCUCGCAUUUACGGAAAUAUUUUUGAAGCAGCCAAGAGCCGAACUGUUCCACGUGUAUUUAACUGCGAAAAGUGACAGGUUCUUUGUUUUUUCAGCUGUAAAUUACCGUUGAACAUCUCUUUUAUAGCAGGAGCAUCGGCGUGGCGGUAACCUCGUCGCGGCGGGAUACCGUAAAAUGGUUCCGAAUUCUCCCGAACGAUCAGCUGAUUCGGUUCAUCCAGAUUUGUGGUUUCAUGGUAUGACGGUCGCGUUGUCGGUGAAACGACGUUGAACAACGCUCGAAGAAACCAAGAGGAACCCUAUGAGCGAGUGGGGAUUUCUAGCUGGUUAAUGCGAUUUAAACGUCGCGAGCAGUGGGGCGAGCGGAAUCCAGAAAUGUCCACGUAUGUGUUUACAGUUUUUCAUUGGUAGGCCCUGGAAAAUUCUAAGUUCACCUGGUGACGCUUCUACGGUAGUCUGUGAUGAGCUGUACAAAUUGAGAUCAGCGAAAGAUGAAGGCUUUCCAAGGAAUAAUAUUUUUGCUCCUGGCCUUGGUAGUACUGUCCGAAGCAGAGAUUGAAAUUGAACUGAAGGAUCAAGAUGAUGCGUCUGAAAAAUCCAAGUCCAGCGAGGAGUCGGAAGAUGAAGUUUCACCUGACGAUUUGGAGAGUGCCUUAGUAGAGCGAUGGCGCAGGCUCCAGAAGCUUCAUAACACGAUCCUUAGGGUAUAUCCGACUUUUGACCUGUUAUCGAAAGUGAAGAUGCUUAAAGAAAUGUCCCAGGAUGAGGUGAAGAAAUCGAAGAGCGAGACAUGGAUGGACGAUCCGGUUUUGGCCAGAGAGUGGUUCAAGGCGAUAAUGGAAGAGACCAACAUGCAACCACUGGAGGAAGAAGAAGAGGAAGUCGAGUUAUGGGAGGAAGAAGGUCAGGAGGAAGUACAGAAGCCUUUGACUCCGGAACAACAGGAGGCCGAAGAUCUGUUCAAGAAGGCUCAGGGACUUCUGAAUGCAACACAUGCGAAUAAAGCCGAAGCCUAUAAGCUUCUCACCGCUGCUGCUACCUUGGGACACAACGAAGCACGUUCCAUGCUGGCUUGGGCUCAGCUUUUGGGCACGAAUGUCGGUUCUUCGUCUUCUCAUAGCUCCACUCAAGAUAUCCCAGCUGCCUUUCAAACCUUCAAGGAAUUGGCUGAAACUGGAUUGCCGUCUGCACAUAUGGGUACAGGGUUCCUUUAUGCAAUGGGACUCGGAGGUGUUAAUGCAUUUCAAGGAAUAGCUCUGCUUCAUUACACCGCAGCUGCGCUCGGUGGGGACACUCGUGCUCAGAUGGCUCUUGGUUAUCGCCAUUGGGCCGGAGUAACCACUCCUAUCUCGUGCGAGAGAGCUUUGGAUUAUUAUCGAAAAGUAGCUAAUAAGGUUGCGGAACAGGUAUCGUUAAGUGGAGGACCGAUAGUUCAACGAGUCAGAUUGCUCGACGAACACGAGAAUCCUGGGUACAGCUCUGGGAUUUUGGAUCAAGACUUGAUAGAGUACUAUCAACUGCUUGCGGAAAAGGGUGACGUACAGGCUCAAGUUGGGUUAGGGCAACUGCACUACCAGGGAGGACGAGGUGUUUCUCAAGAUCACCAAAGAGCAUUCCACUAUUUCCAACAUGCUGCUGAUGCAGGAAACGCCAUCGCUAUGGCUUUUUUAGGAAAGAUCUAUCUAGAAGGCAGUGACAUAGUGAAGCAGGAUAACGAAACGGCUUACAAGUACUUUAAGAAAGCAGCUGAUUUAGGGAAUCCUGUCGGGCAAAGUGGGCUGGGCUUAAUGUACCUCUAUGGAAGAGGAGUCGAAAGGGACACAGCGAAGGCUCUUCAAUACUUCAGCCAGGCUGCUGAUCAAGGAUGGGUGGAUGGCCAGCUACAGCUCGGCAACAUGUAUUUCAGUGGAACUGGUGUUCGGAGGGACUACAAGCUAGCCAAUAAGUAUUUCAGUUUAGCAAGUCAAUCGGGCCACGUCUUGGCUUUCUAUAAUUUGGCUCACAUGCAUGCCACCGGCACUGGUAUGGUACGAAGUUGCCCUGCAGCAGUGGAACUGUUUAAAAACGUUGCCGAAAGGGGGAAAUGGAGCGAUCAGCUCAUGGCUGCUCAUACAGACUACAGAGAAGGUCGCAUCGACGAAGCGUUCGUUACGUACGCUCUGCUCGCCGAAAUGGGCUACGAAGUCGCUCAGAGUAACGCAGCGUUCAUCCUUGACAGAGGAGAAACCACAAUUCUCACCGAAGAAGAGGGUCUCGUCAAAGCACUCGCUCUUUGGGCUCGGGCCGCUGCUCAGGGAUAUUCCGCGGCUCAAGUGAAGCUCGGAGAUGCAUACUAUUAUGGCAGAGGAACACGAGUGGACUACGAGGCUGCGGUUGGACAUUACCGUUCCGCAUCCGAUCAGCAGCAUAACGCACAGGCGAUGUUCAAUCUGGGUUACAUGCACGAACGAGGCCUCGGAUUGGCAAGGGAUCGUCACUUGGCAAAGCGAUGUUACGAUUUAGCAGCAGAGGCCAGCCCCGAUGCUCGCAUUCCUGUCGCCCUAGCUCUAAUCAAAUUGUUCCUCCUCUUCGGUCUUGAUUACUUACAAGAGUUCAGUCUGGUCGAUCAGUUGAGCAAGUGGGAUCAGUUUCUUGGCCAGAGCUGGGACUUGUAUCUUAUUGGGAUCCUCACCGGGAUGCUCAGCCUGAUCAUUUAUUUCCGCAGACCUCAACCACCGCCUCAGAGACAAGUGCCGCCAAUCAAUUAGAUCCUUCUCUCUUCUACAUUUCUCAAGAAAAAGACAAAAAAUUACAAGUGUUCGGACUCGAAGCCAGCCUUUUCUCCAAUCGAACGGUGCCGCACGAAACUCUAUUUCUCGUAGGAAAUAGGAACUUCUCUCCUUAAAGUAAAUAUUGUAGAUAUUUAUUCGUCGCGCAAAGUUGUGAAGCGGUUCAUUUUAAUGUUACAUUUUAAAUACCUGUAAACGUCUUGUUGUACAAAGGAAGGUACUGAGAGUUUUGGUGAAAAGUCUGACUCCGGGUUUGACGGGGGAACUAGGAGACGAAGUGUUCGUUAAGACUUUACGAAUUACGCCGAUGGACACGUAAAGAAUCGUGUACCAAAUUCUAAUUGAUAAUUUCAAUGCAAGAGUUAUACCUGGGGGGGUGUAAAAGUCACUUCCGAGGGGUCGAUCGUUCUUGGGACUUUUCUCCGAACUGGGUGUAACGAAUUGUUUCAGACUACGAUAGAAAAGUUUCAUAAACGAGACCGUUUUGACGCCACUUUGACACCGCCUUAACAUCGGUUUACGAUUAUACGGACUGUAUUUCUCCCAGCGGCAUUCUCGAUUGAUCGACUGACUGGAAUUAAGCGAACGUUAAUGCGAAAUUUAACGGGACAAUGAUGAAGGGGAGUGUCGUUAUUACUUUCAAUAGUCAAGUGUGAUGGGGCUAUGAGUGAGUGCAGAAAAGUAAAAUAAAUACUGUAUCAUUGUUGUCUUUUAUA